GGUAGCACCACCUUUGCCAACACUUAGUGAACAAUGGUACCUACCGUUUUUCGGAAUUUAUCAUCCCAAGAAACCUGGAAAAGUUAGAGUCGUCUUCGAUUCGUCAGCAGUGUUCAGGGGAACGUCUUUGAAUGACGUAUUAAUGAAAGGACCGGAUUUAACCAAUAAUUUAUUGGGAGUACUCUUGCGAUUUCGGAAGGAAGCUAUAGCUCUUACAGCUGACGUGGAGCACAUGUUUUACAACUUCAAGGUGGACGAAACUCAUCGCAAUUAUUUACGAUUUGUGUGGCACGAAAAUAAUGACAUUUCACAACCGUUGAUGGACUACAGGAUGACAGUCCAUGUUUUCGGAAACUCUCCGUCUCCAUCUGUUGCAACCUUUUGUCUCAGAAAAUCCGUUGAGAAUGCAGACAGUGAUGUCCGAGAUUUUGUCUGUAAAAACUUUUAUGUGGACGAUGGACUCAUUUCUUGUCCAGAUCCUGACUCGGCAAUUGAUCUCAUGAAGCGCACACAGAAAGCGUUAGAAAUUGGAGGACGGUUGCGUUUGCAUAAGAUUGUCUCGAACAGCACAACUGUGUUACAGAAUUUCCCAUCAGAUGAUUUGUCAGCAGAUCUCAAGGAAUUGGAUCUUGGAUCUGACACUCCGCCAAUUCAGCGCAGUCUAGGAUUAUCAUGGGACAUUUCUACUGAUAGAUUUGUGUUCAGAGCGUCGACAGAAAACAAACCCUAUACCCGUAGAGGUGCGUUAUCAGUGAUCAAUAGUCUGUUUGAUCCCAUAGGAUUUGCAGCCCCCAUGACUUUGUAUGGGAAAUUGCUUCUCAGGGAAAUGAUGUCAGUCUCAGGACCUGUAAAUUGGGAUGAAGAGUUACCGCCUCAAUUGAAAUCGAAAUGGGAACGGUGGAUCACAUCACUCGUGCAUCUCCAGAAUUUUCAAAUUUCUCGCAAAUAUUCUGCAAUUUCAUUUCAUGAAGCUUUGCGUAGAGAGGUUCAUAUCUUCAGUGAUGCAUCUAAGGACGCAAUAGCUUCGGUAGCAUACUUAAAACUGAUAUCAGAUGAGGGAAGUGAUGUUUCAUUUUUGCUGGGCAAAUCAAAAGUAUCACCUGUUCAUGGUCAUACCAUUCCUCGCCUUGAGCUCUGCGCAGCAGUUCUAUCCAUUGCAGUUGCAGAGUUGGUGAAAGAGCAUUUGAACAUCCCCUCACAGGAUUUCUACUAUUACACAGAUAGCAAGAUAGUGUUGGGGUAUUUGUCAAACGAGGUACGGAGGUUCUAUGUGUAUGUCACCAAUAGGGUGAAUAGGAUCAGAGCAGCUAGUUCUCCGACUCAGUGGUACUUCAUUCCAACAGACAGUAACCCUGCUGACAUUGCAACGAGACGUAUCAAUGCAGAAGACUUGGUGAAUUCAACCUACCUAACGGGUCCAGACCUUUUGCGCAAUGACAUACAUGUACAAUUACCAUCUAGUGAAUUUCAGCUUGUAAAUCCUCAAGAGGAUACUGAGGUCCGCCCAGAAAUAUCAGUGAACAAAAUGAAAGUGAUCAGCCACAAAACAUGGGUUCAGAGAUUUUCAUUUUUCUCGUCAUGGAACAGUUUAGUGAGAGCUAUCAUGUUUCUGAAAGGAUUCAUUAGGAAACUUCACGAUGAGAGCAAACCCACACGAGCUGAAACGGAACAAUUUAUUGUGAAACUAGUACAACAGGAAGUUUAUGGUGAUGAAAUCAAUUCUUUGCAAACUGGACGUUCUUUGUCAAACAAAUCCAAAAUUCUUCCUCUUGCUCCUGUACAAGAUGAAAAUGGCAUUCUCAGAGUUGGAGGACGAUUGAAACAUGGAAAGGCUAUUUCCAUCAACACUCAGCCUGUGAUCAUUCCCCGAGACCAUCACAUUGCUAUCCUCUUAGUGCGACAUUUUCAUGGUAAAAUUCAUCACCAGGGCAGACACAUGACAGAGGGAGCUCUCCGUGCAUCGGGCUAUUGGGUGAUUGGCGGUAAGAGACUUGUGUCCUCUAUUAUUCGUCAUUGUGUGACUUGUCGAAAGUGUCGUGGACAAUUUCUAUUUCAAAAGAUGUCAGAUCUUCCGGAGGACAGAUUAUCUCCUGGACCACCUUUCACCUUUGUUGGUCUUGAUACAUUUGGACCAUGGUCAGUUCUCCAGCGUAAGACUCGAGGUGGAUCAGCUCAGCAAAAGAGAUGGGCAAUUUUAUUCACUUGCUUAGUUUCAAGAGCAGUUCACUUGGAAGUAGUAGAUGAGAUGAGCAGUGCAGCAUUCAUCAAUGCCUACCGCCGUUUUGUAGCAAUUCGUGGACCCAUAAAACUAUUGCGAUCAGAUAGGGGCACUAACUUUGUGGGUGCAAUUCAGGACUUGGGCAUUGAAGCAGAAUUUGUUGAGGAUGGAAGAAUCGCAAAAACUCUAGAAACCUAUGGAACUUCCUGGAAGUUUAAUCCUCCUCAUUCCUCUCACUUUGGAGGCUCAUGGGAGCGUAUGAUAGGGACCUGUAGGAGGAUUCUGGAUAACAUGCUCAUGCAAGAUAGGAAUAAACUAACUCAUGAUUCAUUAGUGACCUUGAUGGCUGAAGUUUCAGCGAUAGUGAAUUCUCGUCCGUUGCUGCCCAUUUCAACAGAUCCAGAAAACCCAGAAAUUCUGUCUCCCUCAGUGUUGUUGACUCACAAGAAAGGUCAAAACGAUACAUGCCCGUUUCCACAGUUUGGGACCAAGGAUAUGUUACGUAGUCAAUGGAAACUGGUUCAGGGUCUAGCAGAUGAAUUUUGGUCGAAAUGGACGAAAGAGUAUAUCUCAUCUCUUCAAGUCAGGAGAAAGUGGAAGCAGCCAGAAGUGAACUUGAAUGUCGGUGAUAUUGUUCUUGUAAAAGAGAAGGAUUUUCAUAGAUCCAUGUGGCCUAUGGCAAUAGUGACGAAACUUUUUCCAAGUGACGAUUUCCUUGUCAGGAAAGUGGAAAUCAAACUCUAUAAGGAAAACAAGAUUUGUGUGUUCGUUCGACCCGUAGUCGAUCUUGUCCUGUUGGUAUCUUCAGAUGAUUAGUGACUCAAUUUUCAUGGAUAAUGACUGAUAUUUGAUUUUAUGUAUUAUGUAUGUAUGAUUUUGCUAGUUUAGCAUAUUGAAUUUGAUGUAGUGAUUUUUUUAUAAAAAUCAGGAGGGGAGUGUGCUGGAUUCCGGAUUUUUUUUUUUAUAUUUGUCCGGGAUUGGUUUUGUUUUGUAUGUUACAAAAAGCUCCCAGCACGUUCACGGCAUGGUACCCGUACUCAUGCAUUUUGACUUCCAACUUUCCACAACUUCAUGGCACCAAAGUUAUUUUACCCUCCCUGGAGGUUGUCUCUCUGCCAUUAAAAGUAAAGAAACAUACCUCGUCUUUCUUGUGACAGAAUAAUGG